AACCUUGUAUAACUUUUAUAAAACGUGCCAGAAGCUUUAAAAACUCCCAUCACUCCUCCCCUCUGUUCACCAGUAGAAUCACCAGCAAAGCCAUAGAAAGAUGAGAAGUGGCUUGUUCGUCUCUCUUGCCUUAAAGACGUGCAGCUAAAGUUUUAUAUAAAGUAGCAGCUCCUUUCCUUAUUGCAUGCAAAAAAAACUAUGCUAUUUUAUUGAAACCUUAAUUCGCCAAACUUCAAACUGAACAAUGAUGAAGAAUUAUUCAAAAAGCAUAUUUUUACUGCAGCUUGCUGUGUACUUACACUGCAUUUUGAAAGUCACCUGCCAGCAACAGCGAAUAGCUAAUGGUCCAAAUCCUCUGUGGAGGCAAAGGGUACAGUGGCAGAACAAUGGAAGAGUUUACAGUCUGCUGAGCCAGGGAGCUGAGUACCAGCCUUCAAGAAGAUCCUCUGUCUCCAGUGCAUCUCAUAAUCCUUUACUGUUACUGAGCAGCAAAAACAGCACCUCUCCAGGAUCUUCUGGGAGACCACAACCUCCCAGAUCAGAAAACUUACAGAGUGAAGCCCGACAAACCACAGCUUCAAGCCAGGCAAGUGAUUCAGCCAGUCGUCUCUGGUUCCAGGCUAACAGAAGAAGCCAAGGAGAGGAUGCUGCUGGAAGACAGAGAAACAGACCGGACAGUAAUACACAAAGGAGACAAGGUGCUGCUCAGCCAUCAAAUGCCCAGGAGACCCAAAGAGCGAAUGCCACCACAAGCAACAGAGCCAGGCUAGACAUGAUGCAAGGAGAUGAUCCCUAUAACCCUAAUAAAUAUGAAGACAAUCCCUACUACAACUACCAUGACGCCUAUGACAGACCAAGACAGUCUGACAGGCAGAGAUAUGGCUAUGGAACCCGUUAUCAUGAGUAUGGCCUCCCAGACUUGGUACCAGAUCCGUAUUACAUCCAGUCCUCCAUUUAUGUGCAGAAAAUGUCCAUGUACAGCUUAAGAUGUGCCGCUGAGGAAAACUGCUUGGCAAGUUCAGCUUAUCGUUCUGAUGUCAGAGAUUAUGACCAGAGAGUGCUUCUGCGCUUUCCUCAGAGAGUGAAGAAUCAAGGUACAGCUGACUUCCUUCCCAGCCGACCCCGCUAUUCCUGGGAGUGGCACAGCUGUCAUCAGCAUUAUCACAGUAUGGAUGAGUUCAGUCAUUAUGAUCUGCUUGAUGCAAGCUCACAAAGAAGAGUGGCUGAAGGCCACAAAGCCAGCUUCUGUCUAGAAGAUACUUCGUGUGACUAUGGAUACUAUAGAAGAUUUGCAUGUACAGCACAUACACAGGGACUGAGUCCUGGGUGUUAUGACACUUAUAAUGCAGAUAUUGAUUGCCAGUGGAUUGACAUCACAGAUGUAAAGCCUGGAAACUAUAUUUUAAAGGUCAGUGUGAAUCCAAGCUACUUGGUACCAGAAUCGGAUUAUUCCAACAAUAUUGUUCGUUGUGAUGUACGAUAUACUGGACAACAUGUAUACACUUCCAGCUGUACAAUUUCUCCUUAUUAAUCUGCAAUGAAGAGACCAUUUAAAGAUGCAAUGAGUUGUGGAGUUCAUAAGUCGUUCGAUUCGAUUGGAUGUAAACACUUUUCAAUGGAAGCAUAUGGACUUUGACAAGACCAUACCUGGAUUUUAACCAUGUGUAACAAAGUUGGCACUGUUAUUUGUAUUGCAUCUAGAUUAUUAUUUGGUUGAUCUGUGUAUGAAUAAUGUUAUGUUCUCCUGGUCCAGACACUUGGCAUGCAAAGGGACAUGGGCACACAAAAAUGAAGCACUAUGCAAAUAGUGUGUAGUGUAAUCUUACAUAAUAUUUUAUCAGCUCUGAACCUGGAGUCUUUGAAACCAGAUUUGAAUUGCAGUUGUGGUAUUGGGAAGACUUGUAUAUAGGAAUGAAGCUAGAUAUACAUAGAUGAAUGAAAAUAAACAAGAAUGUGUGUUGAAUUCAAAUGACCGCAGGUUGGAAAUUGUAAAUAGCACUUUAAAAGGCUCAUAAACCUAAAAUCGAAGAUAAACAUAAAACUACCUGUAACACCAUUUGCAAAUAUGUAUGUUAAAAAGUGUAUAAAUGUUGGGGUAUUUUGGCAAUGCAUCUAUUUUUUUUCUUUAUAAAGCUGCGUAGCCUAAUAUUUUACCAGCUAUUGUAAGUAAAAUACUGCAUACUAGAAGCUGCCUUCAGUGUUCUGCUUGAAAAUCCUAAAAAAACUGAAGCACACAAUCUGGUGCAAAUGUGCAUAGUAACUAAUCGGCUUCUAGGUUUUAUUGUAAAAGCUUAACUGAACAAACAGAACUUAGAAUCUGAUUGGUUACGAUGUACAGCUGUACCAAAUUCUGUGUCCUCCAGUUUUGGUAAAUCCACCUUGCUAUUUUAAAAUAAAUCUAAAGCCAAAAUACCCACAAGUUUGAAGACUGGGAAAGUAUUAAAACCCUGGUCAGGUUUAUAUUGCUGUCUAAGUCCCUGCUCUGGGGCAAGGUCUCAGGGACAGAAAGUCACAAGACAACCACCAUUUUACAACUGCCACAAGAACAGGAGCUAAAGUGAAAUAUUUUAAUGGGAACCAUUUGUCCCAGGGGCAAUUACCUUAGAGGACAUUUUCUGUCACUUUCUGUUGUGUUACAGGACAGGGACAAGAAGGGGGGGAAAUCUUAUCAAAGACCCGAAGGCAACGCAUAAAAAAACCCAGAAAAAAUAAAUAAUAGUAUUUUUUCUACCAUUCCCUUGCCAAAAAUUUAAAAUAAAUAAAAAGAUUUGCUUUUAGAUACACUUUAAAUAAACAAAGUUGUAAUUUUAACUUUCCUGUUGCUUUAAAUUGGGUUAGUUGUUCAUUGAUCACUAGUUCUAAUAAAAUAAAGAAUGCUUUCAUAUUGCAUUCAGCGAUAAAAAGUAGCACAUCUAUUAUAUAGCUUAAAUGAGAUUUUGCAUUGUGCGAAUUGUAUGAAAAAAAAAAAAAAA